UUACUUUCCCGAGAGAGAGACCAGGGAGCACACGGCUCAUGGCUUAGCCUCGUCCGUUCCAAACACACACACAGUAUUGUUUUAGCUGCGGAGGGCACGUUGGAUUUGAUCCAGCUCUCUCUGUUUGUCGGUUCAGCUGCGGGUGAAAACCGUUGGAGGGUUUAUUGUUGUUGGUUCAACUCGACAAGUAUUUUCCGUUUUUAUAUUUAUAAAGCGUAUUUAAUGGAUACGGUAUGGAGAUAGCCUUGGUGAGUUUUGAGAACGGCGGAGCGAAGGGAAGCGGUGGCAACGCCGGAGAUGUAGCCUGCCGUAACGCUCUGGAUCACCCUCAACCUCUGCCGCUGUUUGUCCAGAGCGGACUCAGCGAGCCGGGCUACAGCAGUCACAAAGAGAUUAAUACAAUCGGGAGUUCCAAACCGAGGACGUGGAAAAUCAACGAUAUGAAUAACACUUUGAGUUGUAACCAGAACGCGACGGAUGCGCUCUGGCGCGCAGAUCACAGUCCUCAUCUGUUGGACGAUGACAUGUUGGAUAUUGAGCGUAGAGACAUGGACAACAACGAGAGGGUGCUGAUCAACAUCGCGGGAUUAAAGUACGAGACACAGCUCGGGACCCUCAACCAGUUCCCCGAUACGUUACUGGGGGACCCCUAUAAGAGGAUCAAAUAUUUCGACCCGCUCCGGAACGAGUACUUUUUCGACCGUAACCGGCCAAGUUUCGACGGGAUCCUAUAUUUCUAUCAGUCGGGAGGUAAAAUCAGACGACCUGUCAAUGUGUCUAUCGACGUGUUCGCGGAUGAGAUUCGGUUUUACCGACUAGGGGAAGAAGCCAUGGAAAGGUUUAGAGAAGACGAGGGAUUUAUAAAAGAGGAAGAGAAACCGUUACCGCAGAAUGAGUUUCAGAAACAAGUCUGGCUCAUAUUCGAAUACCCGGAGAGUUCCAGCCCAGCGCGAGGCAUCGCUAUAGUCUCGGUGCUCGUCAUCACCAUAUCCAUUAUUACAUUUUGUAUGGAGACACUACCGGAGUUCAGGGACGAGAGGGAGCUACCGGUCACCAGUCGGUCUGGUAACAACACGGUCCCGCGUCCGUCUCUCACAUUCACAGACCCGUUCUUCAUAGUAGAAACCACCUGCGUGAUAUGGUUCACUUUUGAAUUCAUCGUGCGUUUCUUCGCCUGCCCCAGUAAGUCAGAGUUCUCCAAGACCGUCAUGAACAUCAUAGAUAUCAUGUCUAUCCUGCCUUACUUCAUCACGGUGGGCACGGAGCUGGCGGAGCAGCAGGUGGAGGAACCGCAGGAGCACGGUAACGGACAGACCAUGUCUCUGGCCAUCCUCAGGGUCAUCCGGCUGGUCAGGGUGUUUAGGAUCUUCAAGCUGUCCAGACACUCCAAGGGGCUUCAGAUAUUGGGACAAACCCUCAAAGCCAGUAUGAGAGAGUUGGGUUUGCUUAUCUUCUUCCUCUUCAUCGGAGUCAUCCUCUUCUCCAGCGCCGUGUUCUUCGCCGAAGCGGACGAGCCCGAAUCGCAUUUCUCCAGCAUCCCCGACGCGUUCUGGUGGGCCGUGGUCACCAUGACAACAGUGGGCUACGGGGACAUGAGGCCGGUGACAGUGGGGGGAAAGAUAGUGGGUUCGCUCUGUGCCAUCGCGGGAGUGUUGACUAUCGCGCUGCCGGUGCCCGUCAUCGUGUCCAACUUUAACUAUUUCUACCACCGGGAGACGGACCAGGACCAGUCUUCUCUGAAAGACGACCCGCCCAACAGCAGUCAGGACAGUCCUCAGUUAAAGAGAAAGGACAGUAAGGGAUCUGCCAAGUCGGGAGACGAGGAGGACGGAACAGGCGUAGAGAAGCAGAAUAUCAAGGCUAACAGCAGCAUGGACAUCAAACGAUCCCUUUACGCCUUCUGUCUGAACAAGACGGAGACGGACCUGUAGUCCCCACAGACACAGACAGACAGUAGUCCCCACAGACAGACAGUAGUCCCCACAGACACAGACAGUAGUCCCCACAGACACAGACAAUAGUCCCCACAGACACAGACAGACAGUAGUCCCCACAGACACAGACAGUAGUCCCCACAGACACAGACAGACAGUAGUCCCCACAGACACAGACAGACAGACAGACAGUAGUCCCCACAGACAGACAGACAGUAGUCCCCACAGACAGACAGUAGUCCCCUCAGACAGACAGACAGACAGACAGUAGUCCCCACAGACAGACAGACAGUAGUCCCCACAGACAGACAGACAGUAGUCCCCACAGACAGACAGUAGUCCCCACAGACAGACAGUAGUCCCCACAGACAGACAGUAGUCCCCACAGACAGACAGUAGUCCCCACAGACAGACAGACAGUAGUCCCCACAGACAGACAGACAGUAGUCCCCACAGACAGACAGACAGUAGUCCCCACAGACAGACAGACAGUAGUCCCCACAGACAGACAGACAGUAGUCCCCACAGACAGACAGUAGUCCCCACAGACAGACAGACAGUAGUCCCCACAGACAGACAGACAGUAGUCCCCACAGACAGACAGUAGUCCCCACAGACACAGACAGUAUGAAUUCUCUGUUUAUUACAGUGACUAAUUGAAUAGAGAGUAGUGUGUUUCGCUAUGACGACACGGUGAUUUCCAAGCCUCUAUCUAGUCAGUGAGUUGAUGUAUAAAAUCUCCUGGUAUUAAUGGAUUUGAAGCCUAAACGAAAGCAGAGACUUGAGUCUCAAAUGACACCCU